CAAACGGUGGAGGACGGGGCGACCAACAUGGAUCGCAAGACCUUGCUGGAGACGAAGCUGCGCGAGCUAGACGAGCAGGUCGAGGAGCGCUGUCGGAAGAUGCAGAAGCUCGUGGAUACGCAUGUCGCCGCCAUGAAGACCGAGUUCGCCCGCGACCUCAUGACGCUUCCCGAGAACAUCCUCAACAUGCCCCUCGACGAGUUCAUGCAGAAAUACAACGGCAGCCUAGACUCAGCAGGUCCCACGUCGGAGCGCCGAUCGAGCCUUCGCAUCCGCAACAUGUCGAUCUCCAAGUACAGCACACCGUCCAAGCCCGUCGAGAUUGAGACGCCAAGCCGACGACGAAGCCUCCGCACGCCAUCGACCGUCCGCCGGCGUCAAGAAGGCGAGAUCACGUACUCGGCACGUGGGUCGCCCAUUGACCCAGACGACAUGGGAAUCAAAGGCAAGCCGAAGCUCUUCGUCAUGCUAGAUGAGAAGGACAUGACGCACAUGAACCUGCGCCUCGUCGACGACAAGACCAAUACGGAGACCGAGGUCGACUUCUCGAGCGCCGACGCACUCGACAAGCUGCGCAAAGAAGGAAAAGAAGACCUUGCCAUUCUGCACGUCAAGCAGUACAAGCAGCGCAUGCAAGCGUACUGCGACGAAAUCAUGGCCAAGCUCGCCGAAGGCGCGUCAUAG